GGUUGAUCAAUAUCCCAAAUCACCCUAUCCAUUCUUGCUUCACGAUCUGCCGAAGAAGGAGUAUUCACGAGAACCUAACUUAUCAUUCCGGUCACACUUGAAUUUGGAAUGGAUGAGGUUCUGCCAUCACCUUUGACGUUGCGUGAUCUUAGCCUCAUAAGUGACAUCAGUGAUGCCGAGGAUGCUCAUCCAUCUGUUGAGUGUACUAGUCUACAUCUGGGAUAUUUAGGUUCCGAUGCCUCGACUCAUUCUUCUAUCAUCUCAGACAUUUCUACUUGUUCUUCACCCAGACAAGUCCGAUUUAGUCACGCAACGGCGUAUAGCGAAAUACUGUCAGAUCCACUCCACUCUUCUGGUUUUGAUGAAACCUCAACUCUCCACCCAAACUGUACAUCAGAGGACGACGCUGAGGAAAUUACAACAGUUACGGUAAUCCGGGACUCUUCUCCCGCCCAACAAAAUGAUACUCCCGGAGUUUUUGCACCCGAGAAAUAUAUCGAUCCAUUGUUGGCAUCCAACCAAAGCCGGUCGAGUGAUCAUCCGGCCUUGCAAUUACCACGCGACACCGGAGGACAUCUCGCCGAUCCUUUUAAUACCAGGACACUGUGCCCCCCGUAUACUGAUGACGGCGACAAUGACGCUACUUUUUUUCGAACAAGCGAUCAUCUUCCGCGUCCCCCUGUGCGACCCCUAAACCAUUCGCUUACUCCCUUACACCAAACUCCGAGCGAAAGUUUGCGCACUGCCUAUGGUGAUCAUUCACCGCUCCCACGGAUUUCCCCAUCUCGUCAAACUCCUUUCUUUGAGCGUCCACACGCUACCGAAGGUUGCUACAAGUCGGACAUUCUGUCCGACACUGCGUUUCCAAGCCAGGCACAUUCUUCCCUUUACGAACCCAGGAUUAAUACUGCCGGACCACUCAUAGAGCAAAUAAAUGCGCUCUCGAAACGCCUGAACAAACAGCUCAACUCGGGUCCCACAAAACAGGCCAGGGAGGAUGCCGCUCGACUUGUCGAACAGGCCUGCAACUCCCUCAAUUCCCAUAAUAGUGACGGCGAUCUCAUUCUUAACCCUGGUUUGACUGUAAAUAUUCCGGAUCAAGUUUGCACUUUCAACAAUCUAAUGGAACUUUCUGUCUCCGAGUCGGAAAUCGUGCGCGAGGAGCGUGCUAGAGUGGCCGAGCGACGCAAACGCAUGGCUCAAUUACGAAAAAAGGCAGAGAAAGAGAAGCCAGAUGAUCCACCCCCCGAUCUGUUGGAGUUCUUCGAUCCGAAUAAGCAUAUCUUCCAGUCGAUCAAUCUGCAUGUUCGAGGCUUGCCCAGCUUUUUGCCCUCUCUCAAUCGAGCAUCCAAUGAUUUUUUGACUGUGUUCCAUGACCGACGUGUGAAUGAUUUCGACCGUAUCCAUCCAUGACUUGUUUCAACAUCCCGGCUGUGUUCUUACCUCUGGAUCUCUUUCUGAACGUGUUGUCACCAACUCCCCUGUACAGGAUCUUUCCACGUUUUCCCCUUGUGAUACUGAUUUCACAUUCAGGAUAUUCGCGUGUUUAUAGGCGAAACCAAUUAUGUUCUCUCCAUACCUCGCAUUUCUUCGUUGCGACACCCAUGCCUCUCAUUUUCUGCAUGUUGCGUUGUGUUUAUUUAAGCCCCUCUUCUCCAGUACAAUCCGUUCCUUUCUC